CUUACAUAACGACAUUUGUUUUUGCCUCUGUCUCUGUCAAAUUAACAAAAACAAUUUUGCAAAUUUGCAUUAUUAAUCAAAACACUUUCUUCACCUAACUUUUGCCACUUGGUGCUCAUAACAUGACCUCCCUUCAUUCCUCCUCCUCUUCCGCCGCGGAAUCCACCGUGGAAGAAGACCGCUGUCACCACCGCCAAAAACCACCCAAGAAGCCUCGCCGCUCCACCACCGACGAGUCCCAAGGCGAGGUGGUGGACGGCGAGCCCGAGGUGUGGGCAUCGUUCAACGAGAGCUUCCGCGAGGUGCAAUCGGUGUUGGACCGUAACCGCCUCCUGAUUCAGCAGGUCAACGAGAACCAACGGUCAAGGCUAUCCAACAACAUGGUCAAGAACGUUUCUUUGAUUCAGGAACUCAACGGCAACAUGUCUAAGGUUGUCUCUCUCUACUCUGACCUCAAUUCCAAUUUCUCCACUGCCUGCCAACAACACUCCAAGAACACUACAACACGUGACCAGUCAUGACCCAUCACGUGCCUUGUCUCUCUGAUUUCAAACUCAACCUCACUUUCAGUGGGUUCUGUGUCCCUUCUUGGUAAUUUAUUAUAGCAGUGUCUUGAAUCACUGCCCAAGUAGCUUAUGUUAUCUCUAGGUUGGAUUUUGGAUUUCUAGUUAAUGGGAAGAUCAAUAAACUAGUUAUUGCAAAUGAAUAAAAUUCCCACCCUGUUGAACACUAAGAAAAUUAAGCUGUUUGAAUUGGGCUAUAUUUCAAUUUUGAUUGAACCGGGUAAUAAGUUUUGUGCUUUGAUGCGCCACAACUUUCAUACCUUAGAAUUUAAUUUUGAAUUUGUCAUAUCAGUAACCUCGAUAUUUAUUGAAAAAUAAAAAGAAGAAUAAGCAAGGCUAUUGAUAUAUAUUUGAUGUUUGAACUGUUCCGUUGUUGCUGAAAAAUACUGCCAUAUUUUGAUUAUGACUGGCAAAUUUGAAUAACUGUGACCAGAAUCAAGUUCUCAUUACAACCUGUCUAUCUAGCCUAUAUCAAUGUUUGAAUUAGGUCCUUUGUGUUGGCAAUGAGUAACUAUAACUGUUAUUUGACAUGACAACGUAACAUUCAGAUGUCACAAAACAAAUGAAUUUACCUAGUAUUGAGUUAUAUAUGCUUACCUUUAAUUUUUCUUCAUUGGCAGUAUCUUUAUAGAAUCAAAUUUAGAGCUGUCAAAAUGGGUCAGUCCGACCCAUUUAACCUUA